AUGAUGCAGGAGACUUUGCCAGUACCCGAAGCCUACACCAAAAGGUCAGUACCCAUUCCUGGAACAGAGACUCCGGGCUAUAGUCCUAUCUACAGAAACAAUGCUUUCCCGAACGGUGUCAAGGAGUCGAUAUUUGCUAACUUGAGGACUUCCCACGACUACUUCACAGCUUCGGUAGCUCACCAUACCGAUCAACCUUGCUUCGCGUAUCGUAAGCAUGACUAUGUCAACAACGUUUCUGAUCCCAACUACACCAUCUUGUCGUACUCUGAGGUCAACCAAAUGAAAAAGGAUUUCGGGUCGGGGUUGUUGUAUUUGUUGAACUCCAAUCCGUACAAGGAUGCUUCAAAGUAUGAGUCGCAUGCUAAGAUCGACUCUCAUAUAACCAACUUCAGAUUUUUCAAUAAGGACAACCACUCGUUCAUAUUGACUCUAUUCUCGGUCAACAGGUGGGAAUGGGUUCUCACAGAUCUCAUGUGUUCUUCUUUCUCUGUCACAAGUACUGCUUUGUAUGAUACUUUGGGACCCAAGGCUUCUGAGUUCAUCUUGGAACUCACAGACUCUCCUGCGAUCGUCGCGUCAAAGAACCAUAUCAAGACGUUAAUCACAUUGAAGGAAAUGCAACCAGACAAGUUAGGCCAAAUCAUCACCAUCAUAUCAAUGGACCCCUUAUUGCCCAGGGAUAGCUACUUGCAUACCUUGGCACGAAAAAAUAGAAUAAGCAUAUUUGAGUUUAGCCAGGUUCUUAAACUAGGCAAGAUGUUUCCUCAAGAAGAAUUGCCCCCUUCGCCAGAAACUUUGGCCACCAUCAGUUUCACUUCGGGUACCACUGGCGCAAAUCCCAAGGGAGUAAUGUUGUUGCAGAAAAAUGCAGCAGCAAGUAUCAGUACCUUACUAGCACAGCUUCCACAUUUCACGAGAGGUAAGACGUUGAGCUUCUUGCCUUUGGCCCAUAUCUCAGAAAGACAAGGUACGAUAUUUGCCUUGACGUUUGGUUAUUGUAUUGGCUUCCAAAGAUAUGGUGGUGGUCCCUUGACUCUAAUUGAGGAUUUGAAGGUCUGGAAACCAACCUACAUGGCGAACGUUCCCCGUAUAUACACCAAGAUCGAGGCUGGUUUGAAAAAUGCUACUAUUGAGUCUGAAUCGGCCUUGACAAGAGCUGUAUUCGGCAAGAUCUUUGAAUACAAGAUAAAGGCUCAAAGCGAGAAAGAUGGUGAUAAAUGUAGCCAUAUAGUCUACGACCUCUUCCUCUCCAAAUUGCGGAACUCCUUGGGAUUCGACAACAUGGAACUUCUUUUGACUGGUUCGGCUCCUAUUUCCGCAGAUACUGUAAAAUUCUUCAAGGCUUCCCUUAACACUGGUAUGGUGCAGGGUUAUGGGUUAACAGAAACUUUUGGUGGUUGUUGCUUUUCUCUUCCAUACGACAAGAACCCAGGUUCUACGGGAUCCAUUAGUGUAACAACGGAAUUAAAGAUAAGAGAAUUGCCAGAAAUGGGAUACUAUUUGAAUGACAACAAUGGUCCUCGUGGUGAACUUAUGCUUAGAGGUCCUCAAAUCACUCCUGGCUACUUCAAGAAUGCCGAAGAAACAGCUAAAUCCUUUGACGAAGAAGGUUGGUUCAAGACUGGUGACGUAGCUCAGAUUGCUAGUGACGGUAAAUUAUACAUCAUCGAUCGCGUCAAGAACUUCUUCAAGUUAGCUCAAGGUGAGUACGUGACCCCAGAAAAGAUCGAGACUUUGUACUUGAGUAAUAAUCCUAUUUUGACACAAUGCUACACCCAUGGAGAUUCCUUGAGACAUUACUUGGUUGGUGUCGUUGGUCUUGAUCAACAAUUGGCUGCUCAGUUCUUGGUUGAUAAGUGUAAUGUGAAACCAGAUCAAUUGCAGACUGCUCAGGAGAUCUUGGACCAGUGCAACCGUGUUGACGUCAAGACACAAAUCUUGAAAUACUUGAAUAGUAAAAUUGAGAGUAAACUUCAGGGCUUUGAAAAAUUGCACAACAUCUACAUCGAAUUUGAGCCAUUGAGAGUAGACAGAAACGUUGUCACUCCUACCUUGAAGUUGAAGAGACCCAUUGCGCAGAAGUUUUUUUCUGAACCAAUUGCCACCAUGUACAGAGAAGGUUCCUUAAUCAAGGCUGGUAUUGGAAAGUUGUGA